AAUACACUUUCUGCUCUCUUAACUCUCCUAACGAGCUACGUAACCGUGGUCAGGUGCUUUUGCUUGUUAUCCGGAGCAAGAUCUGUUUUCAGCAAGGUUUUCACGAAACCGGCUGCCUGUGUCACAAGCUGGUGCUUGACCGGUAUUCACCUCUGCUUCUUUCUCCCGAAUCCUGUAAAUCCCGUUACUAACUUCUUUAGACGCAGAGGUAAACGGCUGAGGGCAGCCAGCCUUCCUCCUAGCCUGCCUUUAUCUGUGCUAUUAUUUAUACGGCUCGACGUGGGUGAAAGAUUUCUGUUAGAAAAUAAAGCUAAAUGUGACCGUUAACCUUGUGCCUCAGGAGAGGAUUUCUCGCAUUCUGUGUCUCCUUUAGCAAUACCGGACUUGAACUGUUAGGGAUUCUUUUAUUAAAUUAUUCCGUCAGGAAAUUGUGGAACGUCUGCUUGCAGUAUUGAAGCCAUCAAGGCAUCACUGCAGCGGGGAGAACUGAUUCUGAUGUGCACUGAUGUCCUCCCACGGUAUGAAAGUUGUAAAAAAGUGUUUUAAAUCCAGAAUGUUUCCAUAACCCAUAAAAUUCCACGUUCCUGACCUGAAGGAUAGAUGCCUUGAGGCUUUAAAUAAAUAUUUUUCAUUUAUUAGCACUGUAAUUGACAGCCAGAAGAUGCUUGCUUUCAAUAAAAGCCCACUGUAUGUAGGUGUUAACCAGCCACUGUUUUCACACAACGUGGGAACAAAAGGCUCACUGGGCAAGGAAAUGUAUUUAGGUUUUUUACUUCCUCUUUAAAUAACAUAGUUAAAUGCACAGCUAAACCAUGAUAAAACCGCCAACAAAUACAGCCGGUGCUUCUGCUUCUUAAUUACUUUCUACAUACGCAAAUUUAAUUGCAUUUCAGAAAUACGCAUUUCCUGCAAAUUUACCUGUACAGGAGUUCUCCUGAACAGACCUCGCUCUGAUCUCUCAUAAUCACGUUAGAUUCCAGUUAAAAAGAAUUGUCCUUCUAAAGGAAGUCAUUAAUGCAAUUUAAAUAUUAUAAAUAACACAGAGCCAUUAGUCAGUAAGUUGUUAAUAUUCCAAAUGCAGCACUUGCCAUGACUUGAGGAAUAAGGUAUUGUUACUUAGCGCCGUACACGCCCUUUUGUCUCUGCACUAGGCGUCUUCAUGUAGUCAGAUCUGACUAUAAAGAGGGAAGAAAGAUUCCUAUAAACAGACUAACAGAUUUAAUCCUAAAAGGAAACUAUUAGGAGCAAUGUAUCUUAAGUCCUGCAUGGAAACUAUUUACAAUGGCAGUAAUUUUUUUCUCCGUACAGAUAGCUUUGUGUUUUACUUACUGAGUUUUACUGAAUCAUCUAUGAAGCAUAUGAACAUUUUAAUAUAAUUCUCAUUGUCCACGGUGUUCAGGAAAACUUUUGAAUGCUUCACAGUGUGUACUGGAGUCUCUCUUACCCUGGUUAUUUGCUCUCAUCUGAGUUUGCCAAGCUGUAGUGCUGGGUGGAAGUGGUGCUGGGCCACAGCAGCACUGAGGCUGCAGCAGCACUGCAGGUUUUGUGGCCCAUGCCCACCUGUUUCCUCGGCAGCACGAGGCACAGAUUGGAGGCCAAGGUGCUUACAGUGAGUCGGACAUUUAAGGACAAAUCCUUUUCCUCCCAUCUCCAGCUCUCAGUGUUUUGGACACCACUGGAAGCAUUCUUGAAUCCUGGCACGGCUUGCAGAAUGCAACUGCUCUACAAUAAUAAGGCACUAUCACUUUCUCAUUCAUUCAAGAGAAAAGCAGCUGCUUUCCUCUUAAAGCCUUAUUUCUGUUACACAUUGGAACUAAAUGUAUCUACCUUGAAUUUCCUUCUAUCUCCCAUUCCCCCAAAAGAUAGAGGCUAGAGGCUUGUUUCCAGUUUUCAGAUGUGCUCCCAUCCUUCAUUUCCAUGCAUGUCUGGUACAAAAAACAACAACAACAACAAAGAACACUAAUGUUGAUUUAAAUUAACCCUAAAUUGAAUCCUGACUGCAUUAGUUUUGGACUACUUCAGUUAUUGCAUUGGAUUACCUUAAAAACCCAGCUAGAGAAUUUGGUCAUUUGGUCCUGAUAAUUCAACAGCCAGGGCCAGUACAAAUGUCCACUAGUUCUGGGAAGCCAACACUGCCAAUCUCCAGUGAGGUAGAGUUAUUUCCAACUCAGGCAGGUUGCGAGAAUGUGAACUGCUAUGAUUGCUGCCAUUCUGCUCAGCCCUCUCAUUUGCAUUUUGGCAUGAUUUUAAUAGCUAAUUUCUCACAAACAAGUAGUGUUUGGAAGUAGUGCUUCCUUCCACAUGAAAGCUAGGAAUUACAGCCUGCUGCUCCCAAAAUCAAAAGGUGUAGCAAUGACCCAAGAAGCUGAAAAUGAACAGAGACAAAUAAAAUUUAAAAAAUAUGUUCGUGACCUGUCUGCUGAAACCAAGAGAGAAGUAUUGUCCGUAGAGGCUGCAAGUGGCCCUAAUGAAGGCAGUAUCAAGUGUAAACCAGAAUUUCAUUUUUUGCCUAAAACCAGGAGCUACUUGCAGUCUUUUCUGCUGCACUGAAAGAAAGCUGAGCACCAGACAGAUUGCACUGUCAAGUAAUUAAGCAGAAGUAACUCAGGUAACCGUAGAAUAGGUUUGAAAAAAGCUCUUGUGUUCUAAACAGGUAUCUGGUGGUAUGUGCUGUGUUGCUUUUAGUACAUAUCCCAACUAGUAUCCAAAAUAUACUGCUCUCAGAGUAGCAUAACUUCAAAAGCAUUAGCUCUCUAGUUCUCCCAACACAUAUUUGACAAUGACUGCUACGAGUUUUUUUUUACAGAAUGAGUUGGUUAUAAGUAUAUUGAUAUUAAUGCAAAAGUUCAGUUUCAUGAUCAGGUGUAUAGAUGUAGUCGGAGUGCUGAGUAACACUGGACUGAAGCUAAAGGGGCUACUGAAUUAUGGAUCCCUGUCUCCCGAAAAGCCAAGAUGUUCUGCACCUUCCCUAAGGUUUAAUUCAUGGAGAGAGAUUAGACAGAAGGAUUACUCCCCAAGUGAAACUUUAUAAGCUAUUAAUCAUUUAUGAACCUGUCAGAAAUUCACGGUGUAAUUCAUUGCAGGGAUGGUGAAGAGAGCUGCUAAACAUCUGCAAUUGUACCAGAAAUUGUGUAUACUCUUGUACACAUUAUUUACACACCAAACAGGUUGUUACACAUGCAGUGAUGGACAUCCUUAUCUAGACUGAAGCAAAAUCUUAAUUACAGCGUCUUGGCUACAGUUGGGGCUGUAGUGCUGCAGUCAGGCUUGCUGCUUUUCUGCCCUGUAUACUCCAAUUUGUUUUUUAAUUAAUGAAACACUUGGCAGUCUUGGACAACUUACAUAGCUUGUUCUAUUUCUUGAUAUAUGACUGACAGCUGCUGCCUCAAAUACAGCAAGUGAAUGGGGUGGAGGAGUGUAAAAUCUUCAACCAAAAAAACAGCAGUGUUGCUAGUAACAAUCCUUGUUGUGGAAGGGAUUGCUGUUGCACAGAAGACACAAGGUGGGCAAAAUAUUGGAUUGAAUCGCAUUCCUCCUACCCAGUGUGAUAACUGGGUACGGACAAGUAAUGGAGGACACUUUGCUUCACCAAACUACCCUAACAUGUACCCACCAAACCAAGAGUGCAUCUACAUCUUGGAAGCUGCUCCACGGCAAAGAAUUGAGUUGACCUUUGAUGAACCUUAUUAUAUUGAACCCUCAUUUGAAUGUCGGUUUGAUCAUCUGGAGGUCCGAGAUGGGCCAUUCGGCUUCUCCCCUCUCAUCGAUCGUUACUGUGGUCUGAAAAGUCCUGCACUAAUUAGAUCAACGGGGAGAUUUAUGUGGAUCAAGUUUACUUCUGAUGAGGAGCUGGAAGGAAAGGGAUUUCAAGCAAAGUACUCAUUUAUACCAGAUCCCGACUUCACUUACCUAGGAGGUAUUUUAAAUCCCAUUCCAGACUGCCAAUUUGAGCUCUCGGGAGCUGAUGGAAUUGUACGUUCCAGUCAAGUAGAACAAGAAGAAAAAACAAAACCAGGACAAGCAGUUGACUGCAUAUGGACAAUUAAAGCUACUCCAAAUGCUAAGAUCUAUUUACGAUUUCUGGACUAUCAAAUGGAGCAUUCCAAUGAAUGCAAAAGAAACUUUGUUGCUGUAUAUGAUGGAAGUAGUUCUAUUGAAAACCUGAAGGCAAAGUUUUGCAGCACUGUAGCAAAUGAUGUCACGCUGCAGACUGGAACAGGUGUGGUGCGAAUGUGGGCGGAUGAAGGCAGCAGACUCAGCAGAUUCAGAAUGCUGUUCACUUCGUUUGUGGAUCCUCCCUGCUCAGGCAACACUUACUUCUGCCAUAGCAACAUGUGCAUCAAUAAUUCUUUAGUCUGCAAUGGCAUUCAAAACUGUGCAUACCCCUGGGAUGAAAAUCACUGCAGAGAAAAAAAAAAAAAAUCUGGAUUGUUUGAACAAAUCACCAGAACGCACGGAACAAUCAUUGGCGUAACAUCAGGGAUAGUUUUAGUUCUUCUUAUCAUUUCAAUUCUAGUACAAGUAAAGCAACCUCGCAAAAAGGUUAUGGCUUGCAAGACUGCUUUCAAUAAAACUGGCUUCCAGGAAGUAUUUGAUCCUCCACAUUAUGAACUAUUUUCACUGAGGGACAAAGAAAUUUCUGCAGAUUUGGCAGAUUUAUCAGAAGAACUUGAAAACUAUCAGAAAAUGAGACGCUCUUCAACAGCUUCCAGAUGCAUUCACGACCACCACUGUGGCUCUCAGGCCUCCAAUAUAAAACAAAGCAGGACAAACCUCAGCUCCAUGGAACUUCCCUUCCGCAACGAUUUUGCACAACCUCAGCCAAUGAAAACAUUUAAUAGCACAUUCAAGAAAAGUAGUUACACUUUCAAACAAGCGCAUGACUGCCCUGAGCAAGUCAUAGAAGACAGAGUGAUGGAGGAGAUUCCAUGUGAAAUCUACGUUAGAGGAAGAGAAGAUACAGCACAAGGUUCAUUAUCUAUUGACUUUUAAUUUCCUAGUGAAGGCGGUAUAUUGGUGUAUAUAAAGGAUGCUUGUGUAUAAGGACAGUGUAUAUAUUAAAAGUGUACUAUAUGCAGCGUGUGAGAUGCACACACUUUUAGCUUGUUAUACUUCAUUUUAAAAAGAAGUCUUCAUAACUAAUUCUUCCUGUAAAACAGUGGACUUCCUUCAUUUUUCCAAGCUACGUAUUCAGCAAAGCAACAAGAUGGACUUUGCAUGGAAAUCUGAAGUUAAGAAUAUUGGAGGAAAAACAACAACCACUACUAUCAUAUAGAUCAGCAAAAACAGUGACUACUACUCUCCUCUUCAUAUCAUUUUCUCUUCUUUAGAUGUCUGCUUUUCAAGACGAUUUUAAUACCUCAGUUACAUAAAUAAAAGUAGCUAAGUGUACCAUAUGUAUGUCAACAUAGGUGUUUUAUUGUAUUUGUCGAUUUGAAAGACUUAGAGUUAAGUGCCAGUUAAGACUCAAGAAUUACGUUAGAGCCAUCUGUUUCAUCUUGCCUGCCAUUUAUAUUGCCUUUAAUUAUCAGUUCAUCACUCUAUGCUUUGUGAGAAAAAGGCAUAAAGGAUUACUGCCUUUUUAAAAGAUAUUGAGGUAUAUUAAUUUUAGUACAUUUGGGAAUAUGAUCUUUCCAGCUUGCCAUUGAACACAAAUAAGUACUCAUUCUAACUGCAGUCUUUCAAGAAGGCUUAGCAUUUUAAAAGAUUCUGCCAUUUAUUAUAGAUCCACAUGACUCCACUGAUUUCACAGCACUGUGGUUAGAAAACAGUUUUGUUCCUGUGUUUUCCAAGUGUUUACAUGAGCAGACCUUACUGAACAUAUCUCUUUUAAAACAGCCUUUCAGUCCUUAUGCAGCCAAUCUUCCCUGCUGAAAUCACCGAUGGUACUUUAGCUCCUGUCCUGCCUGACUGAAAAGAAUUGCUGAGGUGUGACCACAAAGUGUACGAAGAUACUGGAAACAAGGAGAAAUCAAAGCAACCCUAAUUAACCUUUAUGGAUCCCUUCCUGUGCCCCUUGUUGCCACUUGAAAAUUUGCAUAUUUCAUAUUUUUUAAUGGUGGUUUGGAUCUAAUUUUAACAUUUUUACAAUAUAGAACAGAUUUGCAAAUAUUGUAGUUCUCAUUGUGUUUUUUAGACUUUUAUAUAGUUUGAUACUGUACAGACUAUUUAUUAAAUCAAAAUCUAGCACCUGUACAACAGGCUUGUUUCACUGUCCAUUUUAGCAGCUCUGAAUAACAUGCAGUGGCUGCUGUGUAGCUUGCAAUUUGCCAAGCAUACAUAAUAUGACUUCUGCGUUAGCUUAUAUUUUAUUCCCUGGUUUGUUUGGGUUUAUUCUGCUAUUUUGCUCACAGUAAACCUUUUACUAAACAUGGCCUAGCAGCUUGCAUGAGGUACAUCCUUUAUCUAUGCAUGUAAAACCAUAUUUACAGCGAAAUGUUUGUUGUGCUGACUACACUCCAAAAAAUAAUAUAUGACUCCAGCAACUGAAACCUCUGUUCCUUAAGAGAUGAACAAGAGGUAUAACAACCAAUUUUCAUUAGAUGACCAGAAAAUAAUCUUACAAAUGCUUAAAAAGAAAUCCAAAAUCUUAUAAAAUGUAAGAAAUUGAUUGGAGGUGGGUGAGCUGAUUAUCCUCAACAUCUAGAAGGAACCUAAUCAGAAGCUCAUCCAUCAGACCCCUAAGACUAUAUCCUGGUCUCAGCAUUUGUGCUUAUCCCACACUAUAUUUCAAUUUGGAACAACUUAAGAGGGCAUUAUUUUUAGAUGCAUUUCAUGCCAGAUGAUAAAUGUUUAAAAAAAGAAUAAUAAAAAACUAUUUAAUUUUGACUCAACAUUUUUUUAAUAUUUAAUUAAAACAUGUAUUGACAUUUAAUUUACUUGUCAUUGAUUUCAGUAAUAAAUAUCUCAUUAUUACCUACAUGGUACAGAAUGUAAUUUGGAACAGAUUUCAUUCCACAUUCUUAAAACAAGAAAUGACCCACGUAAAACUAAUAUUUAUGUCCAUAUUACUCUAGUAGUGCUAGGUUUGCAUAAUAAAGUUUCCCUUUUAAGGCAUAUUUGUCCAUGUGAUAAAAUAUUAUGGUCCCUAUUCUUUCCUAAGUUACAUUAUCUUUGAAUAGUUAACUUGUAAUAAUAAAAUUUAAAUAAACAAUUUUAAAAAUCCAGCAACCUUGCAAAGUGCAAAUCUGUGGAAAAAAAUAGUAAAAGCACUACUGAAGAAUUUUCAAAUGCCCUGAAUAAUAUUUCAGUCUCCAUAGCAACUUUUUGGUGGCAUGGUCGAAACACAGUUGCUUUUUUCUACCCCAGAGCAGCUAGGCAGAUUCCCAUAAUCAGCUACAUCUUGUGAGUAAGGUUUUCCAGUAACCUCAGGCUCAGCUUUCCCAGCUUCACUCUCUCCUCUUCCUCACUAAUUUUUUGUGUGUGUACGUGUGUACCUUAUAGCAUAAAGCUGAGGUCCUGCUGUCUAGUUAACACCUGCUCCUGAUUCCCAGUAGAGAGUGAGAACUCUCCUGGAGGGAGGCUUCCAGUAUUUCAGUAAUAACAGACCCAAACUGUACUGUUGCAAUAGGUGUACACUUGAAUAGAACUGAGAGGGAAACCAAAAGGAAUGAUGGCUCCUAUAGACUUCUACAAAUAAAAAGGACAGGGAAAAGAAA